GAUGCCUUUUCCCGUUCCUGUGGACCGUCAGCGUAUCGACCGUAUCAAACACCGGACGGUAAGAGCACACAACGCACGUGUAUCUAGAAAAGCAAAUAAACAGGCUGCAUUUAAACUUCAUGUAGUUUGUAACUGUGCAGCCAUCAACAACAUAAAGUUACAAGACUUUCUACACAAAACAUUUCGGUGUGUUGAAGUUAAUUUCACCUUCCGUUUUUCAUCAGAGCCGCUUCAUCUUCUGGUAUGAAAUUAGACAGAAGAUCUGCUACGCGACGUUUCUGAAACACAAUUUUAUUACAGUUUCAAAAGAUGUAUCUGUCACACUACAGGUGGCUAAUGCAGUUAGCUAGCAGGAUGCUAACCAUAACAACAUGAAUAACGUAGUGAAUAUAUUCUACAAAGGCAAAAAGUAAAGUAAAAUGGUACCUGAAGUAUGUUUAGCUGACUCUUGUCAUCACCUUCUCUUUUAAAAGACAUUAUUGUUAUGAUUGACAGUCUGAAAACAGAUGUCAAUAACAGGUUAGCAUAGCUGCCUGGUAGCUACUUCCUUUUCUUCUUCUUCUUUGGGUUUAUAAACGGUAGUGGCAUUCUUUUUUAGUUGCAUUACUGCCUCCUACUGGACACCCACUGCUAAAUCAUGAUAGCAAUGUUGCGUUCCUGAUCGAAAAAGAAAAUGGGAAAGUACAAUAUUCAUGUUUGAAAUAUGUGGUUCACCCCAGUUUUUAGAUGGUACAUUUUUUGAUUUCAGAGUUUGGCAAAGAUCACCGAUUUCUUCUUGUUUCUCUUAAUUUACAGAGGCAUACAGCCACGAUAACGUAUUAACUAGGCAAAUCCAUUUACUAUAUUCUGCCUUCGCUUGGUCAAUAAAUAUAUAUACAAUAUAGUAUAUUGAAACGUUAGUGCCGAUAUAUAUAUGUAAUUUACGACAAGUCGUGUGUGUCUAACGCUCAGGAAACAGUUAAAUGAGCAGAAAUAUUCAAUCGCCGCGUGGCAAAUGGAUUAAUACUGUUUCACGGACUCGAUUUGUACCGGAUAUUCAAAUUAUUCAUGAAUGCAACGCAUGUGACGACUCAUGGGACUGACGGAACUCUGGCAGCCAUGGUAACUAAUGGCAGCCAGUAUUCUUACGAUGUGAAUAACAUGAAAGUUUAAGGUUUUAGGGGUUUUGCUCGGUUUCGCCAACUUGACGCCAAGUGGUUCACGACCAUGUCCGGCCUACUUAACGGGAGCCGCACGAGGUCUUACGGGAGUUUGGUCCGGUCUCCGCUUUCUCCGGUUCGACAGAGACGCGUUGAACACAACAUUCAGCCAGAAGACACACUGCAAGGCCUGUCCCUCAAGUAUGGAGUCUCUAUGGAGCUAAUCAAAAGAGCCAACCGGCUGUACACCAACGAGUCGAUAUUCCUGAAGAAGUCCCUGUGGAUCCCCGUGCUGUCGGACCCGGACCACUGUGGUAACUGGGUGCAUUUGGUUGGAGAAGACCGUGACGUAGACGGCUCUGGGCUCACGGGGAGCUCCUCUGAGAGGAAGCACAACGACGACAAAGACGGGACGUUGGACCUCACUCCAGUGCAGUUCUUUAAACGGCUGGAUGGCUUGAUAAGUCAGUCCAAGCGUGCUGCCGUCAAAGGAUGCCAGGACGCAGAGAAGAGGGUUGCGGCCAUAGAAGCAGCUUGCACCAGCGGGACAUCGGACUGGCGGCCGUUUGAAAGGUCGCAGAGCGCCGUUUUGUCUUCCAGAGCGCAGCAGGCGUCACAUGUGGCGGUGCCUCUGACCAACACUAAACUCACCAAUCGCUCACUGAGAGACAGGGAGGAUGAGAUCUUCCAGCUGUGACAUGUUGUUGCUGCUGUCUCUGUGAUCAUUAAAGGAAACGCUCUCAGAAAGCCACGUCGCAGGGUUCAGCCGUAUAAUUGAGCAUCGCAGACAAAGGAACAGCCUCACUGAUCCUGCUGCCGUAUGGACGUUUCAGCCAUAUAAUGUAGACCGUUAUACAAUGGGACGUUACACUGUCUUUUACAACGAAUAAUGCACGUAUGUAGCCUUCUCAUUUAUUUGUUGACAGUAGAUCAGGGGCCUCCACCAAGUAGCUCUACCUGUUUGAGUGGCUUGCUGAAGGUUAAACGAUGACGCAAAGUCGUUUUGUUUCAAAGUCACAGACAUCCCGCCCCCUUUCUCACGUAACGUUUGACGAUGUUGGCGGACCAGCAAGCACACAGCAGAUUUAACUAUGACUACAGAAAACUAGGCCAAUAAAAGGCAAACCGAUAUUAUUUUAAUGAGGAGUGGGUUGCAUAGUUUAUAUUUUUUUCACAAUUGUGAAUGAUAAAUGCUCGUGUCUCCUUUGCGGUGCGAGCGUGUCGGCACAGCAGCUGUUCAGGACUCUCUGGCUUCUAGUUAGCUUUGUUUACCAAAGUGACGAGGAAGGCCAGAGGCUUCCUUUGGUAACGCAACGCAAAAAAGCCUUUUGCCAAUAGCAGGACUGAGAUGGAACGUUUUUAAAAUGACCAUGAAAUUAAGACGGGAGUUACGUCUGUUAUUGACGAUGUACAACGCGGUGCUGUGAGGAGCUCUCUGCUACUUUCAUUUCUUCAAGUUAGCUGUCGGAAGUAAAAAAGGUUGGAUUGUAGCUCAUGAAGAGCUUCAUGUGGCCCGUAGCCGUGUUUGGCUUGUUUUCACGAGCGAGCGUGAAAUGUAAGAAUGACAGUCACAUGCUUGUUCAGUCACAUACGUUAGUUCAUACGGUCAUAGUUGAACUAACGCAUGUGAACUUAGAACAUAGAACUUAGUUCAUAGUUCAUACGGUCAACUCAACCAGCGGUCCCAGUGUGACGCUAUACCUCACAGCCUGACGCUGCAAACGUCGGCCAGGUUUUCAGACUGAAGCCUUUCAGCCGAGGCAAGAAUAUGAAUCAUGUUCACUGAAAUAUUAAGAGCACAAAGUUCUCUUUGUUACUGCUGAAGAAUAUAAACGACAAUGUAGUGAAAGUACAAGUGGCAAAUCCUUCAGAGCGUAUUUUGAGAAAAAUCUUUAUUAUUUAUGUGCAUUUUUUUUUUAUAGUUUCGUAUUAGUUCAUUUUAGAAUGUAAAAUGUUUUGAUCCCGUG